AUGGAAGUUGCAUACUUCUUAGAAGGAUGUUCGCCAUGGAUGAUUCUUACAAGAUCUUUUAUGGAGUAUUGUGUGAAUGGAUGGGACAAUUUACCAAGAAGGCUACUAAUGUUUUUCAGCAAUGUAACUUAUCCUAUGAAAACUUAUUUCCACACAGUCCUAUGUAACUCUCAAGAGUUCAAUAACACAAUAGUAGACAAUAAUCUAAUUUAUAGUCUCUUUGAUAAUGAUCCAUCAGAAUCUCAAUUACUUGAUAUGUCACACUAUGAUACAAUGAUGGAAAUUGGUGCUGCAUUUGCACGUCCAUUUGGUGAAGAUGAACUUGUUCUAGAGAAAAUUGAUGAUUUAGUUCUUAAUAGAACUUUUAAUGGUUUUGUUCAAGGAGAGUGGUGUUCAAAUUCAAAUUUAGAGAUAAAUAAAACUACAAAGGUUUUAGAAAUUGAGGAAGGUAUGUGUUCAAUAUCUGGUAAUAUUGAUGUUGUAAAGCCAGGAUUGUUUGGAAUCAAACUUAGAACUCUAUUAGGUGAAAUUGUUAGUAGUGGAAGAUAUAGAACUAGUCAAUGUCAAUUACAAUUGGUGUGACAAAAAAUGUACAAUG